GGCGCGUGCGCGGCGGCCUGGGCGGCGGACCCCUCCCUUGGCGGGGGCGCGCGGCGCGGAAGACCGCACGGAAAAGGGGGAAGUCAGGUGGCCGCCGUCGCCACCCGCGCCACGGUUUGUCGCCAGAAGGAAGAUGGCGGGUACGUAUAGCAGCAAAAUUCAUCAUCCAUGCCCCUCCUGGAGAAUUUAAUGAGGUUUUUAAUGAUGUUCGAUUAUUGCUUAAUAAUGAUAAUCUUCUCAGGGAAGGAGCAGCACAUGCAUUUGCACAGUAUAACUUGGACCAGUUUACACCAGUAAAAAUUGAAGGCUAUGAAGACCAGGUGUUGAUAACAGAACAUGGAGACCUGGGAAAUGGAAAGUUCCUGGAUCCAAAAAACAGAGUCUGUUUCAAAUUUGAUCAUUUAAGAAAGGAAGCAACUGAUCCAAGGCCCUACGAAGCAGAAAACGCAAUUGAAUCCUGGAGAACUUCAGUAGAAACUGCACUGCGAGCUUAUGUAAAAGAACAUUAUCCAAACGGGGUCUGCACUGUAUAUGGCAAAAAAAUAGAUGGGCAGCAAACCAUUAUUGCAUGCAUUGAAAGCCAUCAGUUUCAAGCAAAAAACUUUUGGAAUGGUCGUUGGAGGUCAGAGUGGAAGUUUACAGUCACUCCUUCCACCACACAGGUGGUUGGCAUCUUGAAAAUUCAGGUUCACUAUUAUGAAGAUGGCAAUGUUCAGCUAGUGAGUCAUAAAGAUAUACAAGAUUCCCUCACAGUGUCUAAUGAGGUGCAAACAGCGAAAGAAUUUAUAAAGAUUGUAGAAGCUGCGGAAAACGAAUACCAGACUGCCAUCAGUGAGAAUUAUCAGACGAUGUCGGACACUACCUUCAAAGCCUUACGUCGACAGUUGCCAGUUACACGUACUAAGAUUGACUGGAACAAGAUUCUUAGCUACAAGAUUGGCAAAGAAAUGCAGAAUGCAUAAAUGAAAAUUGCAUGAACAGAUUGUUUAGUGUCUUUGCGUUACAAAAAACAAUUAUUGCAAAAGUAUUCUGAGCUGUCAUCUGCCCAGUGAGGUGGGGGCUGUUGCGUCUAAGAUCACUGUAAUUAAGUAGUGUGGUUAGAGCACGGAGCUUAGCUGAUAACCUUCUUCCAUUUCCUUUCUUCGGAGGGUUGGAAAUGAGUUAAGAUAAGAUCUUAUUCUGUUCCUCCUUCCCAAGUAUAUCUCUCUCUGUUCCUUCUCCUACAGUGAAGAGGUGAUCCCUCUGGGUCAAGUCUAAAGGGUUCGAAAUAUCUCAAAAGUAUCUUACUUACUGUAACCCUGAAACUGUCUUUGGCUAUGAAAAGGACAAUUUUGAUGUUAACCCCAUUAUUUUAGUGGGAUCAGUAAUGGACACUCUAGUUAAGGUGGUUGAUGGACUUAGCCAUGUAUGCUGCUGAAGAAAUUACCUACCUUUUCCUUUCACCUCUUCUACCUAUGGAAAAUUGAGAUUAGAGAGAGAACAUUUUCUAUACCAGUUAUGUUUAAACCUUCUCAGUAAGGUUAUUUAGCUAGCUUAGUGUCUAACUAAACUUUUUUAAAACAAGGCCAAGGUCUAUUGCUGUUUUGAGAUUCUGAAAUUAAAUGAGAAUACUUAUUUCAGAAAUGCAUUUAAUGCUUUUUUUUCUUGUGACAGUUAUGCAAAUUAGCUUGAAUUCCAUAUGUUCCUGAGUUAUUUUUAUCACAAAGCCACAAGUGUAUUAUAAGGCAGAUUGUAAUAUAUAUAUAAUCCUGAACUCAUGACCAUGUCUCAGUUGAUUCUCCCUCCCCUUGGAUUGAAAACUGAAUUUCAUUGUGACAUUAAAAUGUCAAAAUUUGGUAUUUAUUUGAGUAAAAAAAAAUCCUCAGUGAUACAUACACUAUUUUAAGUACUUUCUCUGUACAUUGUCGUUCUUAACAAGCUGUAAACUAGGAAGUUUGGGCGUCCACAUGGCGUGCAGCUGCAUCUUUUGUUCUCCAUCUUCCGGUGCAUCGUAAGCAUGUUUGUAACACUUUAAAAUAUAUCUACUGACACCACAGGGAUUCGAGCCUCGGCGAGUGUCAGCACUUACUAUAAGGAGUUGGUGGAUUUGUGGUUUCAUUCAGUAGUUUUGCUGUUUAUACUUGAGUGGAAUCCAUUCCUCACGUACUCCUGCAGACAUCUGGGCCUGGAUUUUUUUUUUUUUUUAACACCACUUUUACUAUGUAUAAUAAAAUAUUUCAUUAGCUUGAAUUGUAUAGAUUUUUAAAAAUUCAAUGAGAGCAUGUUUAAUUUCUUUUUAAAAAUCACUGUUGGGCUUUGAAAGCAUUGCAAAUAUAUGACAUUGUGACA